GCUGCGCGGGGUCGCGACAGCGGAGGAGCGGGCUCGCGGCGGGCGGCAGCGCGUGUGUGCGGUCCCCUCGACGCUCGGUGCCCCACGCGUGUCCCGGAGAGGUUCAGCCCGGAGCGACCCAGAGGACAGACUGGUAGACUCUGGGGUGGCAGCCUUGCUGGGCUUUGAGCAGCGCGGGCUUAUCGCCUGAGCAGGGAAGCCCUUGAGCACUACGGCUCCUCCUGACCCUCGGGACGGGGCGCGGCUGGCUUGCGGGUUUCUCCUCCGCGGCUAGCCCGGGCAGCCCCGCGUCCCCUCUGUCGCCCGCACCUGCGCGUCGCGAUCGGUCCCGCCCUCGGCGGCGGUGGCUCACCUGGGCGCAGCGCGGGCAGGGCGCCGCCUCCGGGACGCAGGUGGAGCGGGCAGGGCGCGGGCACCAUGAGCAGCGGCGCCAACAUCACCUAUGCCAGCCGCAAGCGGCGCAAGCCGGUGCAGAAAACAGUAAAGCCCGUCCCUGCUGAAGGAAUUAAGUCAAACCCUUCUAAACGACACAGAGACCGGCUGAACACAGAGUUAGACCGCCUGGCCAGCCUGCUGCCCUUCCCACAAGAUGUUAUUAAUAAGCUGGACAAACUCUCCGUUCUAAGGCUCAGCGUCAGCUACCUGAGGGCCAAGAGCUUCUUUGAUGUUGCAUUAAAAUCCACCCCGGCUGACAGAAAUGGAGGCCAGGACCAGUGUAGAGCACAAGUCAGAGACUGGCAGGACUUGCAAGAAGGAGAGUUCUUGUUACAGGCGCUGAAUGGCUUUGUUCUGGUUGUCACGGCAGAUGCCUUGGUCUUCUAUGCCUCUUCCACUAUCCAAGAUUACCUGGGCUUUCAGCAAUCUGACGUCAUACAUCAGAGCGUGUAUGAGCUUAUCCAUACAGAAGACCGAGCUGAGUUCCAGCGCCAGCUUCACUGGGCUCUAAACCCCUCACAGUGCACAGACUCUGCACAAGGAGUGGACGAAACUCAUGGCCUCCCACAGCCAGCGGUCUACUACACGCCAGACCAGCUUCCUCCAGAGAAUACUGCUUUCAUGGAGAGGUGCUUCAGAUGCCGGCUGAGGUGCCUGCUGGAUAAUUCAUCUGGUUUCCUGGCAAUGAAUUUCCAAGGGAGGUUAAAGUAUCUUCAUGGACAGAACAAGAAAGGGAAAGACGGAGCGCUACUCCCUCCACAGUUGGCUUUGUUUGCAAUAGCUACUCCACUUCAGCCACCAUCCAUCCUAGAAAUUCGAACCAAAAACUUCAUCUUCAGGACCAAACACAAACUGGACUUCACACCUAUUGGCUGUGAUGCCAAAGGGCAGCUUAUUCUGGGCUACACAGAAGUAGAGCUGUGCAACAAAGGAUCGGGAUAUCAGUUUAUCCACGCCGCUGACAUGCUUCACUGCGCAGAAUCCCACAUCCGCAUGAUUAAGACUGGAGAAAGUGGCAUGACAGUUUUCCGGCUUCUUGCAAAACACAGUCGAUGGAGGUGGGUCCAGUCCAAUGCACGCUUGAUUUACAGAAAUGGAAGACCAGAUUACAUCAUCGCGACUCAGAGACCGCUAACGGAUGAAGAAGGACGCGAACAUUUACAGAAGAGAAGUAUGACACUGCCAUUCAUGUUUGCCACUGGAGAGGCUGUACUGUACGAGAUCUCCAGCCCUUUCUCUCCCAUAAUGGAUCCCUUGCCAGUAAGCACCAAAAGCAACACUAGUAGGAAAGACUGGGCUCCCCAGUCGACCCCAAGUAAGGAUUCUUUCCACCCCAGUUCCCUUAUGAGUGCCUUGAUCCAACAGGACGAGUCCAUCUAUCUCUGUCCUCCUUCGAGCCCCACACCAUUAGACAGCCAUUUUCUCAUGGACUCCGUGAGCGAGUGCGGCAGUUGGCAAGGCAGCUUUGCAGCCGCAGGCAGUGAAGCUCUGCUGAAACACGAGGAAAUCGGACACACUCAGGACGUGAACCUUACACUCUCUGGAGGCCCCUCGGAGCUCUUCCCAGAUAAUAAAAAUAAUGACUUGUACAGCAUCAUGAGGAACCUAGGGAUUGAUUUCGAAGACAUCAGAAGCAUGCAGAAUGAGGAGUUCUUCCGAACCGACUCCUCCGGUGAGGUUGACUUCAAAGACAUCGACCUAACAGACGAAAUCCUGACGUACGUGCAGGAUUCUCUGAACAAUUCAACUCUGCUGAAUUCAGCUUGCCAGCAACAGCCUGUGGGCCAGCACCUGAGCUGCAUGCUGCAGGAGCGCCUGCAGCUGGAGCAACAACAGCAGCUUCAGCAGCAGCACCCCACUCAGACACUGGAGCCCCAGCACCAGUUGUGUCAGGUGGAGGUCCCCCAGCACGAUCUGGGCCAGAAAACGCAGCACAUGCAAGUCAAUGGCAUGUUCGCCAGUUGGAACCCUGCCCCUCCCGGGUCUUUCAGCUGUCCUCAGCAGGAACUAAAGCACUAUAGCCUCUUCUCCGGCUUACAGGGGACUGCGCAGGAGUUUCCCUACAAGUCAGAGGUGCACAGUAUGCCUUACACACAGAACUUUGCUCCCUGCAACCAGUCACUGCUACCAGAACAUUCCAAGGGUGCGCAGUUGGACUUCCCUGGAAGGGAUUUUGAACGAUCCCUGCACCCUAACGCUUCUAGUUUAGAAGACUUUGUCAGUUGUUUACAAGUUCCUGAAAACCAAAGACACGGGAUAAACUCACAGUCAGCCAUGGUCAGUCCUCAGGCAUACUACGCUGGGGCCAUGUCCAUGUACCAGUGCCAGGCAGGGCCUCAGCACACCCCUGUGGACCAGAUGCAGUACAGCCCUGAGAUUCCAGGCUCCCAGGCGUUCCUAAGCAAGUUUCAGAGUCCGAGCGUUUUAAAUGAAGCCUACUCGGCAGACUUGAGCAGCAUUGGCCACCUUCAGACUGCCGCUCACCUCCCUCGCCUGGCAGAAGCCCAGCCUCUUCCUGAUAUCACCCAGCGGAUUCCUGUAGCUGGAGGCCAGGAUGAAUUUCAGUUCAUUCAGGAACAGGACACCAGAACUGUGAGGGUUGGACAUCAGUACGCUUUCUCCAAAACAGAUCUCAAUGCUGGUGUUUGGUGAAGGAGUUUAAGACCAUAUUGCUAGUUACCUAUAAGGUGGGAUGCUCAGAGGGGACAGGGAGCGGCCACGUGCAUUCACAGAGCUCCAGCACCUCGGAGUGCACGGUGCUUACUGUGGAGAACUCUCAGAUUCUCUGCUCAGUAACUUCAGCUGGAAAAACCGUGAAGUACUCUGAGCUUUGAACUUGUGGAUUCUUGUUAGUAUACCAAAUACGGAGUUACAGGACUAAUCGGUUUCCUUUAUUUUUAACCUCUGUUUUUGUCCCAGAUGUUAAAAUAAAUGGUUUGGUGCUUUUCUCAAAAGAAAAUGUUUUCCUUCUGCACUGUUAAUAUAAAAGUGCCUCACGUUUUUAUUUUUGUUUUUGUUUCUUUUUCUAUCUACUUGUAACACAAUAGGGUGUGUAUUUUAUAUGAAAUAUUUUUUAUCUCUUUUGAAUUAAUAUUCUUUCUACACACAGAAAGUUUCUCAAAUCUCAACUUUUUUUUUUUUUAAUGAAUCCAGGCAUGUUUUUACUGCACUACUCAUCCCCUUUCUUCAGAUAAAGGGCAAAGGAUAACUGAAAGUUAACUAUUUAUUGUGUAAUAUACUUGCUUCUGAACGUUAGAUGUUCCUCUGUGCCUUAUGUUGAAAAAUUUGAAAAUAACAUAUUGCCAAAAUUAUUUAAUUACUGCGUACUAUUAAGAGAGUAGCAAUUGUAUUUUAACAGUGUUUUCUGAGAAAUGAGCCCUGCUGGCUUUCCCUGAGACCUCCAAGAUGAAAUCAGAAGGGCCACCAUAGAAAAUGCUAAAGAUGGCUGUGCCCAUUAACCUGCAGUGAAGGGAGGGGCGCUAGUUAAGCUAGUUAGCUAAA